AUCGAUACUGAAUCAGCGUCAGUUGCAAGUACACUCUGGGUCUCGCAUCACAGUGACAAUGGACGCCUUGGUUUCAACUGCUGUAGUUUGCCUGAUUGUCAGUGCAGUGCACGUCACUGCGAACCUUGGCGGCAGCAGCUUUCUUGGUUACAUAAAGGUUUACAGCUCUGGUGAAUCUAAUAACAGCACAGGAACUGGAUUCCCAAAAUACAUGGGAUGUUACUUGGAUGACGCCAAGAGGAUGAUCGCUGCUAUUUGGGUUGAACGGAACGACAUGACACGUGGGUGGUGUUUAAAUCAUUGCAGGAGGAGUCGUCACAAGUAUGCAGCGUUGCAGCACUACGCCAAUUGCUUAUGUGGAGAUUCCAUCAACAUAGUCAGAUAUCCAAAGAAACCGGAAAGUGACUGCAAUCAACGUUGCAGGGGAAACACAAGAUUUACUCUCAUACCAUCUGGAUUCAACAUAUUGGCCAUUGACGAACACAGUAGCAUCUGCUGUCUGUGUGAGGCUGACGCAAUCAUGCUACAUAGAUAUUACUGAAGUCUGAGCUCGACUGAUUUGCUGAAUUCCAAAUAGUUAUUGAAGUUGGAGGGAUCAUGUAUGCACUAUAUCCAAAUGUGUAUAAAGUGGUACGUUGAUCAGUUGUGUUUGGCCAUUCAGGAAAUAGUGAUGAUGGUUCUGCUUA